CUGAGAUUGUUUCGCAAAAUGACUAAAGAGAUGUCUGCCAGUCAUCGAGAGGAUAUUCUUUCAGAUGCUCUAUACUACUACACAAAACGUCAAAGAUUGAAAACAGUAUUAUUAUUGCGUGUGCAGCAUAAAAGAUGUCAAGAGCUCUCUAAUUCAGCGUGCAUCGAACUUGAAGAUUUGCGAAAAAAAACUCCAGUCCCCGUCACUGACGAAAUGGUCACGGAGUGGAAGCAACGUGAAAAGGAAUAUUUACGAAAGUCCAGACCAGAAGAAGUUGAUUUAGGUCCGCACAAUUGGGUCUUAGAAUAUUUUUCCCUGUUGCGCCAGUAUUACUCUGCAAGAAAUCAAGUGUCAGAGGGUGUCGACGACAGCCGCUAUAACCAUGUUAUGGCUGUAAUGAGCAGCUUAAACAAUCGUUUACUGCGAAUGGAAACAGAACAUGGUAUUCAGAGUAGAUGGACGCCAACUAGCGAACAAUAUUUGUCUACUUUAAGAACACAAGAAGCAGUAAAUGCUAAACAGACAUUAGACAUGAUAUUGAUCAGUGGGCGAAGAAGAUGGUUUCUUUUGUCAUUGAAAAAAAAUACGCAGAUGGACAAGCUCAAGCCAAGAGUCUUUCAAAAAGCAUUACGAACGAAAGUGGCAAUCUGAGGAAGCUUUUAAA